AUGCAGUUCAAGGUCUCCCCACUGACCAAGAUCAUAUCGCUCUCUGGGUUUCUAGCGCUCGGGUUCCUGCUCGUGAUCCUGAGCUGCGCACUCUUCCACAACUACUACCCUCUGUACGACAUAAUGCUGUUCCUGCUGGCGCCGAUCCCGAACUCGAUAGCAGGUGCCCGCCACUCAGGGGAAGCGGACUUCAUGUCCGAGGGCGCGGGGGGGUCCUCGACGCAGGACUUCCCACACUUCCUCACGGCAAUGCUCGUCACGAGCGGGCUCUCGUUGCCCCUAGUGUUCUACCAUUGCAAACUGAUAGGCUCAGCGGCGUGCGCCAUGAGCAUGGCCGGUGGGUUGAUCAUAUACUCCAGCAUCGUCAUCUUCUCCUGGUUCUUCCACGGGAACUGGGACGACGAGGAUGAUGCUUUGUUUGGAUGA